CCCCAAACGAAUCAGUGCUCAACCCAGGAAUGCAGGGAAGGAAUGAGAACGAGGGCGCUGGCGAGCAUGUGCAGAGUGCAGCGGCUGUCCCACGGCUUGGCUGGUUCUUCCUGCUGGGGCUCCCGUUUGAGAAGAGCCUCUCCGCUGGCGCCGCACGUUCCCCAGGUGGCAACACCUGUCGCAGGUACGUGUGGGUCACGUGGCUCGGCCGUCGGCCUCGGGAGCCGCCGCAACAGCAGCCACUUCCUUCCCCUCCUGGCGCUUCUCUGGCGCGUCUCUGGGCUUGUUUUCUAGGGAAGAGCUCUAGGGAGUUGGGGGCGUCGAGGAGGCGCGAUCGUAUCCCUGGCAAAGGCGGCUGGUCCUCGGCGGGGCGAAGAUGAGCAAGAUCCACAAGUUUUUCAAGGGCGGAGGAGGCGCCAAGGGGAAAGGCAAAGGGGGCCCGAGCCCGCAGGAAGCUUUAGCCCGGCUGCGGGAGACCGAGGAGAUGCUGACCAAGAAGCAGGAGUAUCUGGAGGCGAGGAUCCAAAAGGAGCUGGCGCUGGCCAAGAAACACGGCACCCGAGACAAGCGAGGUGAGCUUUGGACCGGCUCAGGCCUUAAAAGGCACGAUUUCAGGGUCAAGUUGGUCAAACUUUGUGGGGGAGGCGCUUUUAGGAAGCGGUGCCUCUGAACAUGUGCAGAGCGCAAACGCUUUCGCGUCGGACUACCCGCUGCUUUCGCCCCAAACAUUGUCGCUUUGGCGGUUGCGGUUCUCUCGCUUCCCACCCUUUAGGAAUGUAAUUGUCGAUUCUGUUGUGUGUGGAGUGGAGAGACCGAAGAAGGCAGCUGUGUCAUAAAGUGUAUUGCACCAGAGGCAGUUUCAGCUGGGUUACUGGAAUGUAUAGCAUUCUUUAAAGGAACCUUCCUCAACCUGGUUCCCUCUUGAAGUUCUGGACUACACGUCCUGUCAUUCCUGACCAUUUCUAUGCUGCCUGGAUCCGAUGGGAGUUGUCGUCCAAAACAGCUCUCUAAAUUAGUAUGUGCUAAAUAAUUUCGCACUUGUAUCUGUCUUUUACAUUUUUCUGUUUAUGUUGAUCUAUGCUGCUGCUACUGCGUAUUACUUGGUUUUUGGAAUGUUGCAAUUUAAAUCUUUGUUUUAUUUUGUUUUUGUAAGCGGUCUUGGAGAGGAGUUGUUUUGCCUUGAAAGGUGGGGUAUGCAUCUUAGUAACUAAAUAGUGCAUUGGGUUUUGACUCAGAAGGCAUAAUUGGCUGUUGCUCCCUGUGACUGUAUCCAGUACAAGCUCCUUCCCAUUCUUCUUUGCAAUCAUACCACGUGACAACUGAGUGCAGGAUGUAGACACAUAUUAUUUCCUAUACGAAAGUGAUGUCCUUUCCUGUUGCCAAGCUAGGAUGCUUGCUCCCUAGAAAUUCUACCUAUGCUGCUCUCACACCCAUUUCCUAGAUAGAGAACCCAUUUCCACAUUAAUGACCCCCCAAACUGUGUCUAUAUGAUGCUAUCUUUGUAUACAGCCUCUUAUUUCCCAAUCACACUGCAUCACAAUGUGAACUUUAUACCCACUAGAAAGUUUGUUACUUUGAUCUUUGUUAGUUUAAUAAGUAAAUAUACAACAAGAAUAAUCAUUAAAAUUAGUUUUCAGAAGUCCGCAGGAGCAGAUUGUUUUAAAGAUACUUUUGUAUCAAAAAAAUGAUACCUUGCAAUAUGUAUUACAGUGGUACCUCAGGUUACAGGCGCUUCAGGUUACAUACGCUUCAGGUUACAGACUCUGCUAACCCAGAAAUAGUGCUUCAGGUUAAGAACUUUGCUUCAGGAUGAGAACAGAAAUCGUGCUCUGGCGGCGCGGCAGCAGCAGGAGGCCCCAUUAGCUAAAGUGGUGCUUCAGGUUAAGAACAGUUUCAGGUUAAGCACAGACCUUCGGAACGAAUUAAGUACUUAACCCGAGGUACCACUGUAUAAGGGACCACACCACUUCUAGAUUUUGGGUUGUUAGUCCUGUAUUUGGGCUGUAAUCCUGAACACACUUGCCAGAGAGUAAAUUUCAUUAUAUGUAGCAGGACUUCCUUCUGAGUAAAUAUCCUUUGAAUUGCACAUCACCCUAUACAAAUGGGCUGAAGGCUAAGAUUGCAGUGGCUCUAGAGCUCAUUUGUGACUAUCAUAUAUAAUUGUUUUAAGUUUCUAAAAUAUUCCAUCACUAUGAGUAGUUCUAGAUGUACGAAAUAUUGCAGAUUAGUGACUUUUUUAUUGUAUCUACCGUAAUUGUACGGUAUUGUGCAACCAGGAUUUUUUUUUUUGUUGCUGCAUAAACUGUUACAAAAAUAAACGGAAGAUGAUUGUGUGGUCUGUGCUGAAGUAUAUUCUUAGAUUUGUUGUUGGUCUUCAUUGUUUGGCUAGAAUCUAAGUUAGAAUUAGAACUGUACACAGUAAUUUCAGUGUUUCGUUUGCCUGCAUCUGUAGACCCACCCUAGCUAGCCAAUAAAAAUAGCUGGAUGAAGUCAUGUAGGUGUGUUUGAGAUUUAUAUAACAGUACUUUGGAAGAAUGGCUUUCUGGUUUGUGAGAGUGCUCCCCUUUCAACCUUCAGUAUAAAGGGAACUUGGGCAGGCCACUACAUAUUGUAGUUUCUUUGGAAUUAACCUCAUUGAACUCUGUGGGGUUUCACUUCUGAAUAAGCAUUGCUACAUCAGAAACUGGCAUGAAGCAAUCUAAACAUCUGUUGUCAUAGAAUCAUAGAAUUGUAGAAUUGGAAGGUACCACAAGGAUUGUCUAGUGCAACCUCUUGCAAUGCAGGAAUCUUUUGCCCAAUGUGGAGUUAGAGGUCAACAGUGGCAGGAGGGAGGGAGAGGAUGAGGAUGAAGGGCAGUUGCAAAGCUGCCACCCACGUCAGCGAAUGCAAUCUCUUGCACAGAUAGGCUGAUCUUCCAAGCUAACCACAAAAGCUAUGUGCUUCCAUUGGUUAUGGUUACCUGGGUGAAACAGUUAGCCUGUAGAUGUUUGUGGCUGGUGAAUUCUAUCGGGAAGCCUUGAUUCUCAAAUAUCUCUUUUGACCACAGUCUUACAAUGCAAUCCUAUGCACUUCUACUCAAAACUAUGAGUACAAUGGGUAAAUGGGUAUAGUACUGCAACAUCAAUGAAAUGAGAGCAGCUUGUGGUGGUGAAAUAGUCUGGUGACAAUAGAAUUGUUUGAAGACCAUGUUGUGGGCAUGCUUGGUAGAUCAUGGCAUAAUUGCAAAGCAAAGACCAGGGCAGUUGAAUGGAUUCAGACAGCAUACAAGCAACACUGAAAACCUAAGAUUUAUUCUUGAUUAUGUACCGGUAAACGAAAAGUAACAAUAACAAUCGCCCAAUACGCUGCCUUAUCUUGACCAAGAGUGCUUUAAUUUAGACUGCUAUCAAAGCAAUGUUUGACUGUACCGUUGUUUUGUGAAACAAGAAUAUAAAAACGCAGAGAUUUCACAAAGGCUUUUAGCUAGGAAGUGGGUCAAGGAAAUUUACCCUGAUGUGUGAGCUGUAGAUAAGAAAACUUUUGUUGUACUUACAGAAAGGGAGCCAGGGAACAAAGGCAAAGUUGGCACCUGCAGUUUUGUUGUUGGAACAGCCUUUAAAGUUAUGCAGACAUAGUCGUCUUCCAGAACUCAAUAAUAUAUAAACACUGGUUUUUCUACAGCUUUCCACAUAAUCUAUCAAACCUUGGCCCAUUAGGCUUUGUGUGAUGCUUCCACAAGCACAAUAUGCUUCCAUGUGUAAUAGAAAGAGGAACAUGGGGAUAAUAAUUUUGUGAUGAGAAACUGCUUAAAAACACAUUGCAGAUUAAAGAAACCUUUGAGUUGAAAUGUUAACUAUAGGGCUGGGGUGGGAAACCUAGGACCACAAAAGUGGACCAGAGCAGCGACUGUGAAUUUUACUUUUGUACAAUAGGCUAGGUUCCACACACAUACCCUCUCCCUCCCUAUCCUCAAAAGUUGCAGAACCAUAAAUAACUCUGAGAAAACAGACUACUUCCUCUAGGCUCCACUGUCUCAUGGAGAACUUCAGAGGCUUAAAGGGCCUGGGCCUGGAGGCGGCCAUUCCUCCUCCAUUCCCUAGCCUCCCUACUGAUGUCCUCCUUGUGUCUCUGGGAAGCUUGUGCAGAGUGGUGGAGCAGCUGGGCACACUUGCCUCAUGCCUUGGAAGGCUAAGCUGUUUGGGGGCCCCAGCCAGGGGCCUGCCGGACUUACGCUGUCAUGCCUAGAACAAGACUCUGGCCCUGGACCUCAGACAAGCUCUGCACAAGGCUAGUUGCUGGACUGGUGUAAUGGGAGGCAUCUGGUUCCUCUGGGAAGGCACCCGUCCAGGAUUUGGUCCUGCUAAUUCCUCUGGGGAUUUCUAUCUGCCACCCUCAAUUACAGAGUUCCCUGGAUCUCCAGCAGUUAGCUCAGAGCUCUGAAUGUGAUCUGGCUUCUUAGCUGAUGCCUCUGCAGCCUCCAGCUCUGUGUCUUGAUUGUUGUUGGAUUCAGGGAUUGUGGCAAUCAUGGAGACAUUUGUUUGUUUGUUUACUGCUCUUCAUCAAUAGACCUCAGGGUGGUUAUCAACAUUAAAAUAUAAGGUAAAAACACAAGAUACAUAAGAACAACAAAACUGCCACAAACCAAUAACCCCACUCUCCCCAUUCUCAUUCCUCCUUCCCUCUGCAGUCCCUGCUUGUCCUCAGCCUGCUGCAGAGGCUUCUCAAGUGCUCAAGGGGAUUUUUGUACAAGCAGAAAUCAAUUGCACAAGCAAUUCAGCACAAGUGGUCCUCACCCUUUGAAUAUAAUUGCAUUGUGUAAAUCUUUUGUAAGCCACUUGAAUAGCCUCUUGAGGCUACAAAGCCCAAACUUGGAUACCCUUUUGAGGCUAUUUACUAAAUAAAUAAAGUAAUCCAGAAAAAUAAAUUUUCAUAGAGUGGCACAGGCUUAGAAGGAUUGUUGUCACUAAUUAUAUCAACCUAUAUGUGGUAGAUGUCCAUGACAUCCAGAUCAUAGAAUCAUGGAAUUGUAGAGUUGCAUGGGAUCCCGAGGGUCAACUAGUCCAACCUCAUGCAAUGCAGGAACCUCAACUAAAGCAUCCAUGACAGAUGGCCAUCCAAUCUCUGCUUAACAACCUCCAAGGCAAGGAAGGAGAGUCUACCACCUCUCAUGGGAGUCCGUUCCACUGCCGAACAUCUCUUACUAUCAAAAAAGGUCUUUCUGUUGUUUAAGUUCGAAUCUCCUUUCUUGUUACUUGAAUCCAUUGGUUUGGGUCCUAGCUUCCAGAGCAGGAGAAAACAAGCUUGCCUCAUCUUCCAUGUGACAGCCCUUUAGAUAUUUGAAGUCCUUUAGGUUAUUAGAAAAUAAUCACAUUUGCAAUGGGGAUAUUUUCCAACAAUUUAUUUUUCAUUCCACCAAAUAUUAUUAGUUGAUAUUUGCUCAGAAAAUGUAGCAACACUCUUGUCUGGAAGAUGCAUAGCAAGUUGUUGGUAAAGUUGAAAUACGUGAUUAAAAGAACAAGCCUAGGGGGGCUGGUAAUAGAUAAUUAAAAUGUAUGUACUGCUGGUGGUGUUUUGCAUGUCUCAUGAUGGUGAUCCACAUUCCAUGUGUUUGACUUAGCUGUCUUGACUGUUGUUACUUGAGGUUGGGCAAUGCAAGAGUCAGGCAAUGAUGCAAAUGUUUCAUGUUACUGUAGAACAAGCCUAGCAACAUGUUAUUAAGAACACCAUAGCGAGGCUGACGUGCACCCAUAAAUAUCCCAAAUACCGCUUUGUUCCAGUCUUCUAGGAAGUCGCUUUGUAAGCUUCAUUUGCAAACUACAAAAUAUAAAAAGAGGCAAUAGCUUACGAAUUUCUUAUUAUAAAAUGCACAAUUGGUUCUCCCCAAGAUUUGAUGCAUUGGUGCAUAAGAACCACAUUCGAUUUGAAGCAGGAGAUCCAUCAUCAGGAUUUGCUGUAGUCUGUAAAAGUCAAAUUAGCAGCCCACUGGUGGAGAGGGGGACUUAAGAGUGAGACCAUCAUGGUCCUGGGGGAAGGGAAUUAAGCCUUUCUUCUUGAUUGGUUUCCUGGUUAAAAUGCUGCUUCAUUUGUUUUGUCAGGCAAAACACCGAAGUAUUGAAUGGGUAACUGGAUUUUUUGUUGUUACUUUGGAAGGGUGAGAUUUUAGCAGGGAAAAUGAUACAAAGAGAAGAGUUUGACUCCAUUCCUCCAGCACCAUAGUCCUGCUGCAGUCCUUACCUCCCUGCCCACUGCCUGUCUUGCUCUGGACCAGAAAUCCAAUUUGGUUGUCGUUUAAGAGUGAACCUGUCGAAUCCACGCUUUCUGAAACAAUGUGCAAAACCAAAGGCAACAAUCCUUCAAAAUUCACACUUUCCUGAAUUUUACAGUGCAGUUUCUCCAGACAAGUAAUGCGUAUGUAAAUGUGCGUAUUAGGGGAAAGUUUAUCUAAAAAGCAUAUACAGUCGUACCUCAGCUCCUGAACGCCUUGGGAGUUGAACGUUUCGGCUCCCGAAUGAUCGAAAACUGGAAGUGAGUGUUCCAAUUUUUGAACAUUCUUUUGGAAGCUAAACGUCCAACGGGACUUCUGCAGCUUCUGAUUGGCUGCAGGAGCUUCCUGCAGCCAAUCAGGAGCCACGUUUUUGGAAGUUGAACGUUUUGGAAGUCGAACGAACUUCUGGAACGGAUUCUUUUUUAUUUCCGAGGUAUGACUGUAUUCGUGAAAAUACCAUUACAUUAGCAAAAAUACUUUACAAAAAUGUGUAAAAAAAUUGCAAACUGAUGUGGAAAUGUGAAGAAUUGAACUUAAGACUGGACAACUGAGAAACAAUAAUGGACAGAUUCAGCCACUGAGAGAAUUGUUUUGUAACUUCCAGAGAGUUUUAUAAGAAAAAAGCACCUUCUUCAGAACAGGAGUGGCUCAGAUCUGCUCCUGCUAUUCUUGCAACACAAUAGGUUACCCUGUGUAAUAACUUCAGCUGGGAAACUUUGUGUGAAUUUCUAAUCUCAUGCCAAGAGAAAACAGGGCUUAGUUCCUUAGAGUUGUCCUUAAACCACAACUCAGAGCCAUAAUCAGUUCUCCCUUAGUAUGAAUGUCUUUAAGCCAUUAAUCAACUCCAGAACUGAUCCAGCGGCAGUCCACAUGAGGUGUACAAAGUCGGCACCUCCUAGUCCUGACACAUGAGUUAAGAGCCCUAAGGAUAAAUAUUUGUCAAAUGGGGUGCAAUGGAGCUGAUCUACUUCUUUUAAGUGUAAAUAUUGAGUUUAUUGGAACUGUGGUAAAGGAAGCUCUGUGAGAUUUGCUUAAAAACAUAUUAUCUUUAUAGAGGGUGGAAACCUUCUAAUUUCAUUGGUUAACUUUCUCCCCUAAGUUUAUACUGAACAUGCUAGCAUUGCUUCAUUUUGUCUCAUAUGAGAUGGGCUGUAUCAGAAGUAGACAUAGGAAGCUGCCUUACAUUGGGUCAGACACUUAGUCCACCCAACUCAGUAUUGUCUGCACUGACUGGCAGCUGCUCUCUAAGAUUUCAGGCAAAGGGUCUUUCCCUGCCCUGCUUGGAGAUGCUGGAGACUGAACAAGAUGCAAAGCACAUGCUAUAACACCAAGUUAUCAGUUUUUCCUUCACUCAUAAGUAGCCCUUGCCAACAUGUAAGUGUAAACUGAAUUGACAGACUAUUUUUACCUGUUACUUUAAAGAAAGAAAGAAAGAAAGAAAGAAAGAAAGAAAGAAAGAAAGAAAGAAAAGGAAUGUGGUCUAAGCAUGUUGAUAUUUUGUGGGAGGGGGUAUUGUUUUUGUUUGUUACUAUGUCAUGUAUUUUUGUGUUUUUAUGUUGUUGUUUUUUAUUUUAACAUAACUUUAUUGAAAUUCAUAAAUAACAUACAUAAUAGACACACUCUUAAUUUGACAAAAAUGAAAACAACCAUGUACUAAUACUCUUCUUUGGAUUCACAAAAAUUAAACUUAGUUUAAAUUUAUACAAUAUCUUUUUUUCCUAUCUUUUUACUGUGUUUUUAUGUUGUAAAUGGACCUGUGAUCGUCAGAUGAGAAGGGUGUUAAUAGAAAUUUAAACACCUCAGGUUACAAACUCCGCUAACCCGGAAGUAGUACCUCGGGUUAAGAACUUUGCCCCAGGAUGGGAACAGAAAUUGUGCAGUGGCGGUGUGGCGGCACUGGGAGGCCCCAUUAGCUAAAGUGGUACCUCAGGUUAAGAACGGUUUCAGGUUAAGAAUGGACCUCCAGAACGAAUUAAGUUCGUAACCAGAGGUACCACUGUAUUAAAUGUAUUAAAGUAAAUCCCAACAAAUCAUGAGUAGAGCCCUAUUCAUGUGAAAUAACUUUUUCUUUCUGUAGUUGCUUUUGUUCUUUACCUUCUCCACACCAAUAAACCCCCUCAUUCCUGCUCCAGUAGAUUGGGGAACCUCUGGUGUGUGUGUGUGUGUGUGUGUGUGUGUGUGUGCUGUAGCUAGUAAAAAAUUGACAAAUAGCUGCUGGGGAACAGAACUCUCUGGAAUCCUGCCUGUUGUUACGCCGUGACCAUUGAGUUUUGUGGAAAUAAUUGUGGUUUAAUGAUUGGUGGAUAAUUCAUUGCAUUUCCAUUUGCUUCUACAUUUUAGUUUGAAGGGUACAGUUUUGUGUCUGCAACUGUAGCCUCUGCCUUACUAGACUGUACGCUUGCUGUAUUUUCUUUCUCUAAAGGAAGUUUUUCCUUUAUUUUUUGAAUACAACUGUUGUACCAAAUGAAUACUUCUGUAAUUAGAGAAGUAUCCAAUAUCAAACUCUACCCUUGAUAUUUCUCUUACUACUGCAAUUUUGAAAUUGUCACUCUUUAAAAUCGCAGCACUCUUAAAGAAAAAAUAAACAACUAAAGAUAAAUCUAUAUAGUCUUGCGACCUGUGAUGUUAUGUUUAUUUCCUCAGAUUACUCUCUGUUUCUUCUCUGGCUUUCUUCUGUUUCUGAAAUCUUUGGAGUGGGAACCUUCUUUUUCCGGUCUUUCAGAAUAUCUUGUCUGUGAAGUAAGUUACUCUCCAAUAUUGUGAAACCAUCAGGUUAGGUUAUAUUGACUGUACAGUAAACAACAAAUGUGCAUUUGCCAAUUAAUAAAUAAAUGGUUAUACUGAUAAGCAAAGCCAGAUUCUUGAGCCUGUCUUAUCCACUGUUGUGAAGCAGACAGACAGAGGCUCGGACUCUGACUUUCCAGAGUGUUGGUUAGUCUUUCACACCUCUGCAAUUGGCAGUCCUAUGUCUACUUUUUAUUUUCAUUUCUGAAACUGCACAUAUAUUUCUGACUGGAUGGGGCCAUACAGUCUUUAGAAGGCUGAGAAGAUUUUUUUUUUGGUAUAACAGCAUAAUGGUUUCAUAUACUGGUAUUUAUCUGUAUACAAUUCAGGGUCAAGCUGAAGGGAGCGGCCUCUGUUUUAGGAUGUUUUGGAUUUCGAAUUUCAUGAGUUUUUAAAACGCCUGUGGAGGCAGGAAUGAGGAACCUAUAGCUGCCCAGUCCUUGUUGGAAUCCAACUGCUAUCCGGCUCAGCCGGUAUGGCUGUUGGUCAAGAAUGAAGAGAGUUGUAAUCUGGAGGGCCACAGGUUCCCCACUGGCUUAAGGAGAUUCGUAUGAUCCAAAGACAUAUAUCUAUGACUAUAUGUUUUUAUUUUGAUAAAUCUACACAUUUGUAGGGGGAUGCGGGUGGCGCUGUGGGUUAAACCACAGAGUCUAGGACUUGCUGAUCAGAAGGUCGGUGGUUCAAAUCCCCGUGACGGGGUGAACUCCUGUUGCUCGGUCCCUGCUCCUGCCAACCUAGCAGUUCGAAAGCACGUCAAAGUGCAAGUAGAUAAAUAGGUACUGCUGUGGCGAAGGUAAACAGCGUUUCCGUGCGCUGCUCUGGUUUGCCAGAUGCGGCUUAGUCAUGCUGGCCACAUGACCCGGAAGCUGUACGCCGGCUCUCUCUGCCAAUAAAGCGGGAUGAGCGCCGCAACUCCAGAGUCGGCCACAACUGGACCUAAUGGUCAGGGGUCCCUUUACCUUUACCUUUACCCAUUUGUAAAAAUGACUGUACAUAUGAUAAAGCUAAAGGGAAUGGAUUCUGUCUUCCUAAAAAUCCGUAUAAUAAAGGCACUAGCUGUUCAGAUUCUUAUGGAGUUUCCUAGCAUGAACUCAUUCCAUGCUGCAGUUGUUGGACUGGUUGAACUGGGUCGUUCUUGAAGCAUGGAAUCCUCUUAUUUUGGCCACAGUGAACCAAAGAAAUCCCAGUUCUGUUUAUGCACACCUGCUGCUCAACAACUUCAUUUGGGCUGAAUGCAGCAGUUAUUUUUCUCCCCCACCACUGACUUCACACAUUCCAGUGAAAUCUCUAAGCAUUUCAUUGUCAUUAGAUCCCAUUAAGGAAAUGAAUUAAGGCUGAUCUUUUUCCUCACCAGCCUCCUUCACAAAUACAGCAGCAGAGCUGUAUUAUUCUGUGAGACACUCCCAGUUUCCUGAGUGGCACUAAGUUCAAAGUACAAUACUGCUCAGAGUUUCACUUUGUUUCAGAGAACAGAUCAGUGGAGACGCAGGGUGUUCUAAAAUCAGUGCCUUUUUUUCUGGGGAUACUCAGACCCCUAAACAUUUUGUGAAUCUUUGUACUUUUGUCCAUUUACUGUGUUUAUUUUCCCCAAUUUAAACUAUAAAAUGGUGAUUUUCUUGAGUCAAAAUGAGAGUACCCCUAAACAUUUUUAAAGAAAAAAAGCAGUCUAAAAUAUUUGCUCCCCCUCCCCCACCAGGUUUUUUUGGUUUUUUUUAGGCUGUAGCCUCUUUCAGUCUCCCUGCUGAUUUUCCAAAUGUGUAAUUUUGCAGAUAACAAAUUUGGGGCAGCAGGGCUGGGACCAAUUUUAAAGAAUUUCUAAUUAGUUUUAUUCCCUGGAAUUAUUUUGAUCAUACUUCCAUGGAUUUGUCCUGACAAGUUCCAUUCUGAAAGCAAUGUUAGAAAUACAGAAUUUGCAACAUCUGUGGCAGAUUCUGGUUAAAGCAGAUUCCGGGCACACCGUCCUAGUGUUCAUACAAUGACUUAAUAGGGCUACUGAUACCUAGCUUUGCCAAAGCUGAUGAACCAAUUCCUACCACUCUGCUUGUGGGUGUUGCAUCCUUCAUAAAAGGAUGGGCCAUUUAGGGCAGGGGACCUUUUCCAAGAAAUACAGUGGAAGGAACUGCAUGAUCUCUGGAAUCCUUAAAUUGUGCCCUUUUGUAGAGACCCUAAUACCUGAUCUAAGUAGAGCUUUGGGGCGGAAACAUUCACAAAGCAGAAAAGAAAACAAAUAGCCAAAAUUCACAAGUCUUGCAUUCAUCCACUUUUCCCAACUGAACACCAUUUAUUUCUACCCUCCUCCUCCUCCGCUUUGUAACAAAUUUCUAUUGAGAGAGAUUUCGAGAUGUAAAUGCCAGAAAGCCCUACUGGUAAUGUGGAGUUAGUUGUUUGUUUCUCUGGAACAGGGGUCAGCAAACUUUUUCAGCAGGGGGCCGGUCCACUGUCCCUCAGACCUUGGGGGGGGAGGGCGCGGACUAUAUUUUGAAGAAAAAAAAUGAAUGCAUUCCUAUGCCCCACAAAUAACCCAGAGAUGCGUUUUAAAUAAAAGGACACAUUCUACUCAUGUAAAAACACGCUGAUUCCCAGACUGUCUGCGGGCUAGACUGAGAAGGCGAUUGGGCCGGAUCCAGCCCCUGGGCCUUAGUUUGCCUACCCAUGCUCUGGAAUGUGCCUCUGCAGUAGAGGAGAAAGUAUCCCAAGUGUGUGCUUUUUGUAUCUUAUCUCUGAAAUAUCAACAUCUUGCUUUUAUCUUGACAAUAUUUUAUCCCUUAGAAUGUUGUUGCCUCAUUUUCCUCAUAUAGAUUGUGUUGCCUCUUGAAAGCUAUGGAGGGACCCUGGGUUUUUUGUGUGUGUGGCCUGAUGGAUUCCUAAGCCCCCUUCCUUUCUUUAUUUUUAUCUGCUACUCUGCCUUAUUUGGUGUGAAGCAGCACGAUUUGCACUGCAUUAGGACAGGGGUGGGGAACCUGUGGCCUCCCACACAUUGCUGGACUCCAGGUCCCAUCAGUCCCAGCUAGUGGUCAGGGUAUGCUCUGGAGGACCACAGGUUUCCCGCAGCUGCAUCACGAAAAGCUCUCCUGCCAACCUCUCCUUGUUACACCAACAGCUGCACUGCAGGCACUGAAGAGGAAAAAGAGAUACGAGAAACAGUUGACCCAAAUUGAUGGGACCCUUUCCACCAUUGAAUUCCAACGCGAAGCCCUCGAAAAUUCCUACACUAACACGGAAGUGUUCAAGAACAUGGGCUAUGCAGCCCAAGCGAUGAAAAAGGUGCAUGAAAACAUGUAAGUGGAAAACACACUGUCAGCUGUCCAUUGGAAAUGCCCUUCAAUGUUAAGGUUACCAUUGGGUUUGUUUUGGUUUGUGCUGUUGUUUUCGUUAGAUCCUCAGGUGUGGCAAGAUUUUAUGGGUAGACAUUAGGGGCUGAGUGUGGUAUUUUUGGCUCCUGUGGUGUUUUUUCAGGCCCCGUGGCAGUCCAGAUUAACAUGAUUAGCUGCUCCCUGUAGUCUGUGCUGCGCUGAGAUUCUGGUGUGCAAAGCAUGUGCUGAACUGAUGAGCUGCAAGGGUGUCUUUCCUUUCCAUUUUAGGUUAUGGCCAAUUUCUUUGUGUGUGGGGAGGGAUGACUCUAAAACAAAACAAGGGAGCAAGUUCAUGUUCUGGUGGUAUUAUACUACUACAGUGUAAUGUAUGUGGGGCUGCCUUUGGAAACUGCCUUUGGAAACUACAGCGGCGAGGAUACUAAGUGGUCAUUGCAAACACACCUCAGUUGUGCUUAAAAAGCUCCGGUAGCUACCAUCUGUUUCAGACCACACUUCAGAGUGCUGGUGCUUAGCCCUACAUGGCUUGGUAUAUGGAUUCUAGAAGGAACCUCUUCCCUCGCAUCAACCUGCCUGUGUUCUGAAAUUGGUCAUGGUGACUAGGGGUGAGGGUCCAAAGUUGUGGCAGCCCUUAUGGCAUUUUCUCACCAGGGAGGCUUGCCUUACGCCUAAGCUGGAAGGCUGGGUCCACAGUGUCCCUUUCGCUAAUUAAAGGGACUGAGAAUCUGUGCCGUCUUUGAUGCUGAACAGGAUGGCUCUCCAGCAACUCAGAAGAGGUUUUUGUGUGUGGAGGUGGUGAGGGAAACAGGCUCUGCAGGGGAAAAGAGUAAAGGCAAAAAUCAUCUUGCCCCUUCCUCCAUAGUGAAUAGAACUCUGAUGUGCCAAGUCUGACUCCAACCCAAAGUCUCUUAGGCACCAGCUGAACCUGCUAUUUUCCUGGGCUUUUUAACAUCUAUUGCCGCAUUGCAGGGGGUUGGUCUACAUGAUCCUCAGAGUCCCUUUCAACUCCACAGUUCUAUAAUUCUGUAGAUGUUCUGCUUGUUUUUUUAUUGCUUCUCUUUAUUCUGCUGUUCUUUGGUGCUUCAUGAUACUUCUGUGGUUUUUGUCUGUUUUCUGUCCCACCCGGGUAACUUUAUAAAAUGUUCAUGCGUGGCAUACAGGUUUAUUAAAUCAACGUUUGCCUCCUCAGGGACUUGGACAAAAUUGACGACAUGAUGCAGGAUAUCACUGAACAGCAAGAUAUCGCUCAGGAAAUCACAGAAGCUCUUACCAGAAAAGUUGGUGAUGACUUUGAUGAGGUUGGUAAUGAAAUUAAGGACAUAAACUAGAUGCAGACUAAAUAUCACUGCUUAAUUUUAUGCUCGAUAAAAUCUUGUCAGGCUGGUUGCCAAGCACUUAACACCUGUCUUUAAGUGCACUUCAGUUCUCAGUUGACUGAGGAGGUAACAGUUUAAAUGGUGAGAAAUUGGACUCAGUACAUCCCUGAAGAAAAUUUUCAGAACUAUAUGCGAGACAUGUUAAUGCACACACCCAGCGAAGUUUAAUGGUCUUUCAAUCAUAGAAUUGUAGUGUUGGAAAGGGACCCUGAGAAGCAUCUAGUCCAUUCCCUGCAAUGCAGGAAUCUCAACUAAAGCAAAGCCUCUACUACAAAAAGGCUCUGUAUGUACAUAUGGGUGUGGUGCAUUGAUUUGUAAUUGAUUGUAGAGUCCUGAAGAUAAGUCUACAGUCAAAAAUAAUACUAUAAUACUAGUCCAUUUCCCACAUACAGUGGAACCUUGGUUCUUGAACACCUUGGUACUCAAACAUUUCGGCUCCCAAACACCGAAAACCCGGAAGUAAGUGUUCCGGUUUUCAAACGUUUUUUGGAAGCUAAAUGUCUGAUGCGGUUGUCGGCUAUUGUUUCUGGGGCGCCUGCACCAAUCGGAAGCUGCGCCUUGGUUUUUGAACGUUUUGGAAGUUGAACGGACUUCCAGAAUGGAUUACGUUUGAGAACCAAGGCACCACUGUAUAUCAGCUGACAUAUGGGGCCAUAAAUCAUGCUUCCUGCUUGGAUCAAUUGCACGAGCAGCCAAUCCAGUUGCAUCUCCACCUGCCCCACACCUGCUAUCACAUAUGACAUCAGGUGUGCAGCAGGUGGACGAGAUAUGGAGACAGUGGCCCUAUGAGCCAAAUAAUGAUGAUUGACAGACCAGAUUUGGCCCCUGGCUCAGAGUUUUCCAGUUUAAUAAAGCUUCCCUGCUUGAUUGCCUGGAGCAGAUACUUCCUUGCUACUGGCAACUAGGUGAGUGGCUGUUUACAUGGCUGCCAUUAUUAGUCUCUAGAGAUAGUGGACCCUGUUUCUCAAAACAUAACCUUCCAUUAUUUAUUUUUUUAAAAAAAACUUUCAGGAUGAGCUGUUGGCAGAACUGGAAGAACUGGAGCAAGAAGAACUCAAUAGUAAAAUGGCAAAUGUUCGACUACCAAGUGUACCAGCUACGCCGCUGCCUUCCCAUCCUGGUAAACUCCCCGCCCCUCCUUAUGUUAAGCUGUCUGUUGAUGAUCUAUGAUAUAGAAUGAUGCAGGUGAAAUAAAUUUUAGUAUAUAUAUCCUGAAACUGUCAAGAUUUCUGAUUGGAUGAGCGGGAAGAAUCAAGACAGAAUACACUAAGUGAAGAACAGGGGUUUUUUUAGCACUGAGGUUCAAGACCCAAGACCUGGGUCUUACCUGGCACUCUGUGAGCAGUUCUAGUGUGUACCUUCUAUUGACAUCCUCCAUGAUGAUGAGUCUUGUAUUUCAAGUGAUAUAAUUAGAAUUUGGAUCGGGUGCAUGAUGGCAUGGCCAAGACUUCCCACUGAGUCAUCAUGUUUGUACCUUGUUUUUAUAUUCUAACAGUUCUUGCACAUCUCUUUGUUACAGCAUCUUCAAGGAAGAGGGUGGAAGAUGAAGAUGAUAUGCAGCAGCUUGCGGCAUGGGCUUCUUAACAGCAAUCUACAGGGUUACGGGAAACGCCAUGGAAGAAGUUUAUGGAACAGUGUUUUGUUUUAUACAGAGCAUGGCUGUGUUUGAUACAGUCCGGCAUUGGUCCCUGGUGGGAUUUUAUGUCUGUAUGUAUGUGUAUAUGUACACAUGUAUGUAUAUGUGUGUGUGUGUGUCUGCAUUUUUAAGAGAGCCAGGAUUACUUAAGACCUGUACUUGAAGUGUGCCUUCUUCUUCAGAUGCACCCUCAUAUGAAUUUCUUUUUUCAUACAGAAGAAAUCUGAUUUUUUUUUUAUAUUACCGGUGAAAAUUGACUGGGGUAGUCUAUUACUACUACACAGUAUUAUCCUUUGACUCUGAAAGCUCUGUGUAUAGGUACAGGCAUGCAUGCUUAUUACCUGAAUUAAUUGGUUCUGUUCCAUAGAAACUUUCAAAGUUGAGAGCCGAUAAACGCAGCUCUCCCAGGCUGUUGCUUUUCCUCUUUCGUACGUACUGACUUUUGCUUGUACAGGUUGCAAACCCUGUUUGCUGCAGAGGAUGGUAUGAACAGGCAUGUUUCUAAUAUAGAGCAACAUCCUCUGUAGAGUUUCAAACAAGUUUGGAGUUGUUGGAAUAUGUGGUCCAUUUGGUCCCACUAGGUAGAGAUGAAGGAGAAAUUUGAUUUCGUUUGCAUUUUAAUGCACACCUCCCCAAACAACACACAAGCCGAAAUGCACUUAUCCUUCAAUAUUUGCACUUUUCUGAAUUUUGCAAUGCAGUUUUCCAACCAAAAGGUGUAAUAAAUGUGUCUGUUAAGAGAGUUUGCAUUAAAAUGUGUUACAUUAGGAGAAAUUGCCUUCACAAAUAUGUAUAACAGAAGAACCUCACAAACCGAUUUGGAACUAUGAUGAACCUAUUUUAAAAUCUGACAAACCAACAACUGAGAGACACCAAAAUUGGCAGAUUCAUCUAGCCCUACAGGGUGUUGUGAAAAUAUUUGUCUAAGUCCUGCCAGAGUUUUGUGCUGUUGGAUUUCUUUGCUUUCUAUGGGAGUUUCCUUCCAUGUAGCUACUUGUUCACUCAGGGUCCUAUAUGGAAGAGUCAAAGACUGAUGUGGCACCUUAAAGACUAGGACACUAUCUUUGUCAAGCAUAUACAGUGGUACCUCGAGUUACAUACGCUUCAGGUUACAGACUCCACUAACCCAGAAAUAGUACCUUGGGUUAAGCACUUUGCUUCAGGAUGAGAACAGAAAUCGUGCUCCAGCGGCGUGGUGGCGGAAGGGAGGCCCCAUUAGCUAAAGUGGUGCUUCAAGUUAAGAACCGUUUCAGGUUAAGAACACACCUCCAGAACAAAUUAAGUACUUAACCCGAGGUACCACUGUAUAUAGAAAGACAACUUGGGUCUUGUAUAGGCACAUAACACAUGAAGAGCUCUGCAGUCUAAAAUGCUGGAUACAGUUUGGCUUGCUAUAAGUGGCUAAAUUCCACCGAGUUUUUGUGUGUUUGAUUGCUAAAAUGGAGUUAAUUUUAGCCAACAAAGGUAGUUGAGUGGAGCAUGUUUGAUGGGGGGGGGGGCAGGCGGGCUGAGAAAUCAGUUUAUAAUGGGUGUUUGGUUUUGUGACCAGCCAACUUAAAACUGAUUUUAUCAAACCGUUUUAACAUGGAGGUUGCAGUCCACUAAAUCAGACUUAAUGUGGAGAAUAGUGGGCAGAGAAUGGCCGAGAAUCUUCUGUUCCCCUCUUCCCACUUAGCUUUCUUUUAACACUGAACCUUUCAUAUUGCCAUGCCUAUUAUCAAAUGGGGAAUCUUAAUAGGUUUUUAAGGUUGUGGCUUUUGAAAUGUCCUCCUUACACUCAUUCAGUUUCUUUCUUUUUUUCCUUUUUGCCUGAAUGAAACACUUUAUAAUAGAAUAAUUUAUAUAACUUGAAGUAUCAAAUUUCAAACAGGGUCAUUUUUUUUACCUGGGAGAAACAGAACUGGGUUUCAGAUGAUUGGAUAAUGAAGGUGCAAAUAAAUAUAUUGUCUGAAAAUAUUUGUGUUUGACUUGGCAAUUGUUUUUCCUAUCUUGCUGUAAAGCAGGGGUGGGAAACCUUUGGCCCCUUCAAAUAAUAAUAAUAAUAAUAAUAAUAUUUAUACCCCACCCAUCUGGCUGGGUUUCCCCAGUCACUCUGGGCGGCUUCCAGCAAAAUAUUAAAAUACAACAAUUCAUCAAAUAUUAAAAGCUUCUCUAAACAGGGCUGCCUUCAGAUGUCUUCUAAAAGUCAGAUAAUUGUUUAUUUCUUUGACAUCUGAUGGGAGGGUGCCUCUCAGUCCCAACCAGCUUGGCCAAUGGUAACACAAAUUAUUUUUAAAGGAUGCGAUAUUGAUCUGGCUUAAUACUCUUAUGCUUUGGUUCAUCAUUACUGGGGAUGAGUUAUACAUAUUUUCUUCACCCUGAUGACUGAUGCUUAAUCAUGUAAUACCCUGGAAAAUGUGACACUCAUACCCAACGUCAAGUAAUAAUUCUUUCAUGGAUCAGGAGAUAGGUGGAUCUCUGGGUGAUUUGCAACAGAUUUGGCAAAGAUUUCUGGUUUUAAGUUGUUCAAUAGUAGCAAAUUUGACUGCUUAAGUGAAAGCAGCUUGGAUAAGAAUUGUGAGCCGAGGUCUAUUCUGGUACAGUACUCAAAACAAAUCCCUGUGCUCAGCAGCAGCUCAGAGCCACUGUAAAUUAUUGUAAAUAUGUAUUUUUAGUAUCUGGCUCUAGGUGGUGGAUGUCCAGGUUCAAAGACAAGCAGAUUGUGUAGUUCAAAAACCUGCUUCCUCUGCUGUAAAUGAUCCUUUGGCUCUUUGUAUUUGUGUGUGUGUGUGUAUAGAGAGAGAGGGGGCUGCAUUCAGGAGAGCCUAAAAAAGCUUUUGUGUGUACAACUGUUUGAAUCAUGACCAGCAUCCACUAUGACAAGUAUAUUUAUAAAGAUUUUGGAUAAUAGAAAGCAUGAGCUGUUGAAAUCCUUCGAUAAAAUGAUUUUAAAAAUUAUUGCAAGUUAAAAUGUUAUUGGUGCAAAUUAUUUUUUUGCAGUUUAUAUAUAGAGUCAUGGCACAUUUUGGCAUGUUCUCUCUCUGUCUCCAAUUUCUUCUUUAUUUUUAUUUUUUUUAAAAAAGCAACAACCCCAAAACUAGCUAAAAGUUGCUUGGUAAUGUUGUUUCUCCUGAUAGGUGCAAAGCAAGCAAGCUGAGGCUGAAGUCUUAUUAACUAGGAAUUGCAUCAUAGUGGAUCAGGUGUUGCUUUUCUUUAGGUAGAGUCAAAGUAUACAGUCCUACUUGGGUGUAAACUCAGUGGGACUUUCUUCUAAGUAUAGAUGCAUUAGAUACAUGCGGUCUACAUAACUGCUGGACAGAUAUUGUAAGAUUGGUGGAAAUCACACUCUAGAAAUCCAUCUUAAAGACAGAGUCUUUCUGUGUUGUGCUCCAAAGUGCAACUGAAGCUUUCAGAAGGAAAGCUGCCCUGCUCAUUUUAAUGAAAUACUGGAAUCUCUGCAAAAUAAUAAUGCUGCUAAAGGUAAAGGACCCUCGACAGUUAAGUCCAUUUGGGAACGACUCUGGGGUUGUGGCGCUCAUCUCGCUUUACUGGCCAAGGGAGCCGACAUUUGUCCACAGACAGUUUUUCCGCGUCAUGUGGCCAGCAUGACUAAGCUGCUUCUCGCGCAACGGAACACCAAAACCAGAGCAGUGCACAGAAACGCCGUUUACCUUCCCGCCAGAGCAGUACCUAUUUAUCUACUUGCACUUUGACGUGCUUUUGAACUGCUAGGUUGGCAGGAGCUGGGACCGAACAACGGGAGCUCACCCCGUCGUGGGGAUUCGAACCACCGACCUUCCGAUCAGCAAGCCCAAGGCUCAGUGGUUUACACCACAACACCACCCACAUCCCAAUAAGAAUGCUAGAUUGAAGCAAUUGUUAUAACUUCUAGAAACAACCACCUGCGUCAUGGUAACGGCCUUUGGACCAAGUUAAUAUGUUUGAGAGAUGCAUGUGAAAGGUCUUUUUUUAAUAAAAAAACAGGAUGGGAGGUAUUUUUGCUGGCCUGUAGGUGGCACUCUGAAUUCAAUAACAAAUGUUAAACUUGCUUGACCACUUUUGCUUGAAGAUCUGCUCAUGCUAGGCUCCCUUACAUGAGGAAAUCGGCAUAACCUCUUUUUGAGGAUAUGUAAAUAUUGCUUCAUUUUAUACACAGAAAUGGAUCAGUCCAGAGGGAUAGCCUUUUUUUUAUCUGCUGCAGAAAUGCAAGAAGACAUAUAGUGCUGGAUUUAGUUCAGGGGAAUGAAGGCUACAUUUCCAGCCCUUAUUUGUUAAUUUCUAUAGGCCACAGGUUAUGAGAAUAGCUUGUGUCAGACUAGUGCCAGUAUAUUAAGAUACUUUGUCAAGACGGAUGGACAUGGCUCAGUUUUUAUUAUUACCUCUCUCUUCCAGCCACCAUGCACACUUGCCCUUCCUUCAUCCUUAAAACAUGCCUGAGAGCCUAGUUAGGCUGACUGGUCCAAUGCCCCCCAUUGAGAAGAAUGGCUUAGUGGGGAUUUGAAUUUGGGUCUUUUUAGUUCCCCAAACUACUAUGCUGCAUUGUUUUUGGUUCACUUUUAUUCAAAAGUAAUAAACUGCUUUUUAUAAGUUAGAAACAAGUGCCCCACCAAAUGUAUGGUAGAGACGAUUCUCAUCCUUAUGUCACCCUCUCAGUCACAGAUAAAUGGCCAACCAACACACCCCAGGCAGCUGUGGUUGGUGGAAGACCUGAACAUGUUCCAGUAGAGUCCAGCUCAUACGGCUUGUCUCCUUAUCUUUGCUUCCACCAGCUUCCCACUACAGCAGACAAAAGGCAAAACCAUUCCAAAAUAGUGUACAGUGGUACCUGUUAGUUUCUGUUUGUGCCACUGUGCAGUGCUUGGAGACACAAGACUCUGUUUUGCAUUCCGGAGAUUCCAGGCUAUUGGAAGUCUCACAGAAGACAGGAGACGGAUGUGAUGUUACUGGUUUCCUGUUCCUUUGUUGUUCAGCUGCUCUCUGCUUUCACAGAGAGAUGUAUAUUUCUUUUCUGUCUGCGUAGUUAGAAAUAAAACGCUCUUUGCAAUGUAGCUCA